AUGCCACGAGAACGCGCCCUCUCCGAAGUGAAGGAGCCGCACCUAAUCUCUCUCAAAGUCCUCCGACUAUCCCGCCCCUCCCUCAGCGAACAGCAGGCGCUCCCCUCCUCUCCAAACCCUGCACUCCUCGAAGCAUCCCGCUACUCGCACGCCUACCACAGCCACGAUAUCAAUGACACGUUCAUCUUCACCCCGCUGCUCACGCUCCCGCCCUCCUUCGGCAGCGUCUACAUCGGCGAGACCUUUAGCUGCAUCCUCUCGGCGAACAACGAAUCGCGCGUUUCGGUGACAGGUGGCAAGAUCAGCGCGCAGAUGCAGACGCCAUCGCAGACGAUCCGGCUCUCGACCGACGAGGAAGAGGCCGCCGCGGGAGCUGAACUACAGCCGGGCGGGUCGCUGCAGAAGAUUGUUUCCUACGACUUGAAGGAGGAGGGCGGACAUACCCUUGCGGUUACCGUGAGCUAUACCGAGGCUAUGCAGGAUGGCGAGACCAGGGUGAGGACGUUCAAGAAGCUGUAUCAGUUUGUGGCGCAACAGUGCAUAAUGGUGCGCACCAAGGCGGGACCGCUGGGCGACGGGAACGCAGUGCUGGAGGCCCAGCUGGAGAAUCUUAGUGAGGGUCCGGUCACACUGAGUAAUGUGAGUAUGAAGACGAGGUGGAAGGCCACGUCUUUGAAUUGGGAUGGGAAGAAGGGAGGCGUGCCGGUGCUGAGGAGUAGGGACGUUGUGCAAGUUGCGUUCUUGCUCGAGCCUGGCGGGGGAGAGGGGGAGGAGAAGGAGAAGGAGGGGGAUGAUAUUGGUCAGCUCAGUAUUGAGUGGAAGACUUCGUGUGGCGAUAAAGGGUUCUUGAGAACGGGGAAGCUCUUCUUACCGCCAGUAUGA